AUGAAUCAUAGCAGCAAUCCAAAUGAUACUGCUGAUGGUAGUAAUGGUGCAAACUCCACGAAUAUAUCCACGUCAACAGGCAAGGAUUUUUUAUUUCGAUCAAAUAAAAAGUUAUCAGAUAUAAUUCAAACUCUUCCAAAGGAUUCUUAUGAAAUACAUGGUGAAGAUACGGUUUUAAUUAAGAAUCAAUCAAACGAAAUUAACAAAUUCUUCAUUGUUGAUAAACUUAAUCAAGAUUUAAUUGUUGAAUGUCCUUAUUCAUUUGAAAAUAUAUACAAAGAAGCAGAUAUAAGUUUGUUACCAUUUCUACAAGAUUCAUACUGCAUUAGUUCUGAAGGAAUAACGUAUCUUAUCUUCAAAAACUCUGACAGCAUGAAAGAGUUUUGUAUGAACUUCAACACUCAAAAAUUCGUCAAAGAAAGUAUUUCUCAAAGCGAAAAUGAAACGAUCAGAUUAGCAGAUUUCCUUUCACUUAAAGAACUCGACGAUUACAUAUUAUUAGACAGUUACAAAGAAUAUUUUGUUUGCAUCCCAUUUGCUCAAAACGAAGAUGAUGCUCAUCACCCAUAUCCUUGCUAUAUUCGUCUGCUAUUGAAGUUAAGUAUUCAUUUGGUGUAG